AUGAAUGACUUUAUUUUUUAUUUCAAUGCAGUUUCCUUAUGGAUUGGUGGACUUGUGACUGCAACCAGCAAUGGACAAGAUGGACUUCAACUUGGCUGUGACCCACGCUAUCUCUACACUCCUUCCACGCUGUCAGCUUCUUCCUCAUCACGCUCCCAUUCAUUGAAUGCCUCCAGAUCCGGUGUAGAAGUGCAGAAUCUUGGGAUUGGCACCUGUGCCCUAUACACUGGGGUCUCCAUGCAAUACACCCCGAUUGAUGCCUGUGAAAGCGCUGAAGAAGGUGCCUGUCUUUCGGGAUUCAGCGCUGCUCUUGAAUCAGGAGACGAACCCGGAGAAGCAUUUACCGUGAUCGGAAUGCCAGGAUCCUACCUCACUGAAGGCAAUGUGUUCUUCGGUCACUACAAAGGUCGGGAAGUCUUGAAGGAGCUCCGACUGAAAAGCUCGCCUCAGGAUCUGAAACAUAAAGGCUUCAAUUUGGGCUACUCAGUGGGCCUAUACAAGCAUCCUCAACGGUCUAAUUUGGGUUCAUCUUCAAAUCAAUUCACUAUUCUUGCUUCGAGUCCUAUGUGGAUGGAUAAUGACUAUCGUGGUGUCGUCAUGCUCCUUUCAGAAGCAUUGAAUCUGGAUUCUAUUCGAUACAUUAAGGAUAAUUGGGGUCAUAUCGGCAGUUUCUUCGGGUACAGUAUUGCAGCUGCUGACCUAAAUGGAGAUGGUAGUCCAGAGAUCAUAGUUGGAUCACCCUACUACUCAGAAAAUCGGCGGUUCACGAAAGUUCAGAGAUCUGCUGACACUGCACCUGGAAUGCAGGGCGAUCAGCCCAUGUAUUCAGAUGAGAGUGAUGCUUCAGAAAGUCGUUAUCGUACUAUAAACCCCGACAUAGGUCGAGUGUACAUUUUCUAUGGAAAACCACGUGGAGUGGUGGGCGCUGGAUACAUGGAGAGUGAAGGCGAGAUGAAUUCAAGAGAUAAGAACGAAUACAUGCAAGAACCACCAGUAAUUUUACGCGGUCCAAGAAAAGCUGGUGGCCGUUUCGGACACGUUGUUCUUCUGGCUGGUGAUUUGGACGGCGAUGGAAUCGAUGAUAUUGCCAUUUCCUGUCCGUUCUGCCAAGAUUCUCGAAAGUCGAUCGACAAGGGAGCCGUCUAUGUAUAUCUUGGCCGCAAAGGUGCAAAAAUCAAGGAUGAACCCGACCAGAUAAUCUAUCCUGCAGAUUUGCCGGCAAAGGGCGCCUUUGCAUGUGAAAGUUCUUUUGAUAAUGACCAGCCAAAAAAACGGCCAUUCUCUGCUUUCGGUUGGAGUAUGGCUUCAAAGUCAGAUGUGGAUGGAAACCUUUCACCUGAUUUGAUUGUAGGAGACUAUGAAAGCGAGCAGGUUGUAACACUUCGGUCACGAAACCUUGUUUGGCUGGAGAGGCCGGCAUGGAAAUUGCCCGGUGGACCAACUUUAGACUGGACUGGCCCACAAAAUACUCCUUGUGACCAAUCUAUGUGUAAAUAUCGUAUUGGUCUUGAACUUAACAUCCACGUCAGAGAAAUAUUCUUCUCUUCAAAACGUGCACCUACUCUGAAAUUCCGCUACCGAAUAGACUUGGAUAGUCGCAUCAAACACGAAACCACAAAGCGUCUUCAUUCCACGGAGACAGGAAGAGCAGUUAUGGAAGAUACUAUGGAAAUUGAGCUCUCAAGUUUGAGGGGCCACCUCAAGGGCUCAAGAACCUUCCAACUUUUCGAACUGACUGUCACGCCAAGAUGGUUUCAAACGAAGAAGCAAUUAUGGAAACCCAUUGUUGUCAACACGAGUAUUGAACUUAUGCCAGAUUCUGCCGACUUCUUGGUAGCUGGUGGAGUUCAAAUACCCGGAUGGGGUCUACAUCCGCUGAAAGGAGAUAAAGUCUUCCUUAGUCAACCGAUGUAUUUCUCUAAUCCCGACUGUGGUUACGACGAUAUUUGUGUGCCAGAUUUAAAUGUUGAAGUUUACGAUACCUCCGAGGGCUUUGGUUUCGGUAAGGAGGGACCAUCUACAAUCUAUUUCAAAGAGAGGGUCAGUGAACGCAACUUCACAGUAGCUGUUCGGAAUUUGGGUGAAAAUGCCUAUGACACAAAAAUUCGAGUCCACAUUCCAGCGCACUUCGCUUAUAUACCAGAUAAGAAUUACGCGUGCAAAAUUGAAUCUGAUCCCACGGAACUGGAACAAGUAAAUGAGAGUGGUAUCGCAGGUGACAAAGACAUUAACUCUUCAAAAAUUCCCAUGACCACAGUGGUGUGCAGUCUUCCAAAUCCCUUCAUUUCCACGAGUCCUCGAUGGGAAAAGCUUCGAUUUCAACUUGGAACUUCCGGUGUUUUCCAACCUCCUCCUGGCUCUCCAGUCAAGAGCAAUGAUUCCUCAACCGCUGUCUGGGUACCUCCAGAAAGUCUGGAAAUUGUUGCUGAGGUAACAAGUGACAAUGAGAAUAUGCGCGAUCGAAAAGUUACCGCCAAGUUCUCCUAUUCCCUUAAACUAUUUGCUGAUAUCAAACUUUCUUCAUCCUCUACGGGUCACACGGUAUUUGAUCGGCGAAAUUUCUCAUCCCAAUUUACUGAGCGUCAACGUGUCCAUCCUGAGAGUAUUGGACCGGAAUUUGAACAGAUCUUCCUCGUGUCGAAUUUGGGACCAUCGCCAAUGGAGAACAUUUGGGUCAAUUUGAGUGUUCCACUACAAACGGAGACUGGAGACUUUCUGGUUUAUCUACUGGAUCUCAUUCGUACCCACAAUACAGGUGGUGGACCACCCUUGCAAAUUCCAGUCACACCUGAUGUAUGUUUCAUUGGUUGUGGACUGAUUAUUUGUGUUCAUAUCUGA